AUGGCAGGCCAUGCAAAACAAAAUUUUAAAAUAAUUCGAAAGAUUAAAAUUGUGUAUGUUAAAUGGGAAAGAAAUUUGUGGGAUGGUUCUCAACAAGGUAAAGAAAAUAGUUGGAAAAAACGGAAAGCAAUAAAACGCCAAAAUGGAAGCAUUACAGAUGACAUGAUCACUUCACAACUUAUCCCUUUUCCAUCCCUGCAAACUUUGUCAAUACCACAGACUCUAACUCCUCCUAUUCCUCCAACUCUUCCUACUCCUCCAACUCUUCCCACACCUCCAAUCCCUCUCACACUUCCAACCUCUCCUACACCUCCAAUCCCUCUUACUUCUCCAAUAACAUCUAUACCAUUUAUAUCGUCAGCGAAUCUUCCAUUUCUAUCGACAUCACAACAAUCAAGUGUUUCUAAUGUUCUAACAACACCACCUAAUUCUCUUUCAUAUACAAUUACUUCUAGUAAUACUUUAAAUAUAAACACUAAUAAACCAACAAAUAGUAACACUGUUAAUGCUACAACUUCUAUUACUCCAGAAACAUCUAGUUCAAACAAUCUUUUGAAAAAUAUAUCACCAAUUGCAAUUGGGACUUCAAUUUUGAUAUUUUUAGUAGUUUUCGGACUUAUAACAUAUUUUUUUUGUAAAAAAUAUUGUAGCAAACGUUCUAAACCACAUAAUGGAAAUGAAAAUAAAACUAGUCGAAAUAUUAUGCGGGAAUUACCAAAAUCAUCAAAAUUCCCAGAACCUCAGAAUCAGACAAUUAUUGAUUUUGAAGAUAGUUUAGAUUCUCCAACUACACAAUUAAAUAGAUUAUCUACUAUGUCAAUAAAUUUGAAGAAUGGUUCUCCAAUGCGAUUUUCUCUUACACCUCCGCCGCCUAAUGAAAACAAUGAAAACAAUGAAAAUCACAUGGAUAACGAAUGGGAAAAUGUAGAUCUUAACGAUAAUUACUAUACUGAAAUUACUAAUCUAUAUAGAACGGAACCAGAAAUACCAGUAAAAAGUCCAAUUGAUUUUAAAGAAGACCAUUGUCUUUGUCAUCAAAUAGAAGUCAUGAAUCAAGAGAAUCAAGAGAAUCAAGAGAAUCAUUAA